GAUAACGAGGACGUGGACGUUGGUGAAGAAGCUUUUACAAUCUAAUACAUCUAAGCGUUUUCACAACUUUAUCUUCACUGAAUAGUUGACAAACAAAAAUACUUCUGUUUAUUUUAAUCGAAGAUGUCGAUAGGAGUGCCAAUUAAGAUUCUGCAUGAAGCAGAAGGACAUGUUGUCACGCUCGAAACAAUGACUGGUGAAGUAUACAGAGGAAAGCUGGUCGAGGCUGAAGAUAACAUGAAUUGCCAGAUGUCAAACAUCACGGUAACUGCAAGGGAUGGACGAGUUUCACAGCUAGAACAAGUUUUUAUUCGUGGAAGCAAGAUUCGAUUUCUGAUUCUUCCGGAUAUGUUGAAAAAUGCUCCAAUGUUCAAGAAAAUGACGCAGAAAGGUUCAGGAGGCAGCGGAGCGGCGGGAAGAGGAAAAUCUGCUAUAUUGAGAGCACAAGCUGCCGCAAGAGGAAGAGGAGCACCCACUCGUGGCGGCAGAGGAGGCAAUGUUUUCCAGAGAAGAAGAUAGCUCACUUUUUGGAUAUUUUGGGAACCAUUUCCAAAGGAAACAGCUGUAUUGUCUCUAGUGUGUAAAUAGAACUUUAGUAAACAACUGGCAUUAAGACCUCUGUAAGUCAAAGGUCAAAGUGAGUAAUGGAAACACCUUUCCAACAAGGUGGUGUUUGUACAGGACAUCAGAAUGUUUCCACUAGAAUAACAAACUGUAUUUUCUGGUUUUCUCUUUGAGAACUUUCUUAUACCUUGGUCCUUUUCAUUGACAUAAUUAUUUCCUCUUUAUUAAUGUGGAUUUGUAAGUUCUUCCUUUUUAAAACUCGACACCUAUCUCCUUUCUGUUUUUCUAAAUCAUUGGUUUAUUCAUGUUAGUAUUUUAAGACAUUGAUUGAUCAGAUACCAGCCCAAAAUGAUAAAAAAAAAGCCAAAAUUGUCA